AUGUUUGGUAAUUAAGAUUANAUAUAAAACUAAUUCUAAUACGAAUAACUCCAAAAUUCAAUCAAAUAACAAGAACCUUGCGUUGCAAUAGCUACUAAUAGUGAUUGUUCAAUUGUAGUAGCUGGAUGCAAAACUGAAAUUAAAGUAUUUGAAUUUAAAUAAGAUAUAUUGACACAGGCUCAACUUUUAAGUGAGCAUACAAAAGGUGUGUGUACAUUAAACUUCAUGAAGAAAUCUAAUUAAUUUAUAUCUGGAAGUGAUGAUAAUUUAAUUAUAAUAUGGUCCAUGAACCAAAGUAAUUAAUGGGUUUGCUAAUAAAAAUUAAAUGAACAUACAAAAGGUAUUUAUUGUUUAGUGUUAAAUAAUAAUGAAGAUUUAAUCAUUUCAGGAAGUUGUGAUAAAACUAUAAAAUUUUGGAUGAACAAAAAUGGAUGGUUAUGCUAAUAGACUAUAACAGAUCAUACUGGCACUAUCUAUGGAUUAAGUUUGAAUUAGCAAUAGAACAAAGUGAUUUCAUGUGGAUAUGAUAAAUAAAUAUUAAUAAUUGAACAAUCAUAAUAGGAUUCUUAAUGGAUUGUAAUCUAAAAGAUAAAAGUUGAAACUAAUGGUUCUAGAUUAUGCUUUAUUAAUGAUAAUGUUUUUACAUUUUAGCCAGAUUCAAGCGAAUAAAUGCAUGUUUAUGAAAUAAAUGAUACAAAUAAAUAGUAUUUAAAGACUAAAGAUGUUCUUGUAAAAUAUAGUAAGGAUGGUUAUUCAUUGUUUCCGUAAUAGCAUAUAAAAUCAAAAUGGCUGCUUGUUAAUAAGAAUGGCAUUUAUGUGAAUUUGAUAAAGACAAAUGAAAAUCAAGAGUUUAGCAUAUAAUAAUCAAUUCAAUUUGGAAGUGCUUAUUUAUUUGGACAUUUGAGUGAUGACGGAUAAUUUUUGAUGACAUGGGAUGAUAUUUCAAAAGAAAUUCAAAUCAGAAAAUAUCAUGAAAUAUGA